AAAGCAGAGGGGAUCGGGUCGCCAGCACUGGCUCCAGAUCUGCACUCACUGGGGGCGGCCAACAGGCAGGCCCCCCACCUCUCAAUGCACCACCUGCUUGGCCAGCAGGAAGGGGUUAACCUGCCCUGCGCUUCCUCCUGUGUCCUGUUACUGCUGAGGCAGACCUGCCGGGCCAGCUGAGCAACUUUCCUCAGAGUGCUGCCUGGCGCUGGCUAGGAGGCAAACGCAGGCGGGAAGAGCUGCUACCCAUUCCAGGGACCCUGCCGCUGCACCUCUGAGGGGUCUGCGCCUCCUGGGAGCAGGUGGCUCUCUGGGACGAGGGCCCAUGGUGGAUGGCUCUGGAGACGCUCCCGAGGCUGUGCCGUCCCCCUGCUGCACAGGUUGGAGGGUCACCGCAGAGGCUACUCGGGCCGGGGCUGGGGCCGAGGGAGCCCGCACUGGAGCCCCAUGUGGAACCCAAGGACACAGCUGCUCUGCUGAGAACACAGCGGCCCAUCCUUCGAGACCGUGACUUCACCACAGUGGCCCUCAGCCCUCCAUCUCCGGCGGGGGCGAGGGCCACCCACCUCCAAGUCUCCAGCCAUGACGACCUCCGCGCUCCGGCGCCAGGUGAAGAACAUCGUGCACAACUAUUCCGAGGCGGAAAUCAAGGUGCGCGAGGCCACCAGCAAUGACCCCUGGGGCCCCCCCAGUUCGCUUAUGUCCGAGAUCGCUGACCUGACCUUCAACACAGUGGCUUUCACCGAGGUCAUGGGCAUGCUGUGGCGGCGGCUCAAUGACAGCGGCAAGAACUGGCGGCACGUGUAUAAGGCUCUGACAUUGCUGGACUACCUGCUCAAGACAGGCUCUGAGCGGGUGGCCCACCAGUGCCGCGAGAACCUCUACACCAUCCAGACACUCAAGGACUUCCAGUACAUUGACCGCGAUGGCAAGGAUCAGGGCGUCAACGUACGCGAGAAGGUCAAGCAAGUGAUGGCCCUGCUCAAGGAUGAGGAGCGGCUGCGGCAGGAGCGAACCCAUGCCCUCAAGACCAAGGAGCGCAUGGCACUGGAGGGCAUCGGCAUUGGCAGUGGGCAGCUGGGCUUCAGCCGCCGCUACGGCGAGGACUACGGCCGCUCCCGGGGCUCCCCGUCCUCCUACAACUCCUCCUCUUCGUCACCCCGCUAUACCUCCGACCUGGAGCAGGCCCGGCCUCAGACGUCAGGGGAAGAGGAACUGCAGCUGCAGCUGGCCCUAGCCAUGAGCCGUGAGGAGGCAGAGAAGCCUGUCCCCCCAGCCUCCCACAGGGAUGAGGACCUGCAGCUGCAGCUGGCUCUGCGCCUGAGCCGGCAGGAGCACGAGAAGGAGGUGAGAUCCUGGCGGGGUGAUGGCUCCCCCAUGGCCAAUGGUGCAGGGCCUGCCGUCCACCAUCGGCGGGACAGAGAGACCGAGAGAGAAGAGAAAAAGGAGGAAGAGAAACUAAAAACCAGCCAGUCCUCCAUCCUGGACUUGGCUGACAUCUUCGUACCUGCCCUGACCCCGCCCUCCACACACUGCUCUGCUGACCCAUGGGACAUCCCAGGUUUUAGGCCGAACACAGAGGCCAGUGGCUCCUCCUGGGGGCCUUCUGCAGACCCCUGGUCUCCGAUCCCCUCAGGAACCAUCCUGUCCCGAAGCCAGCCCUGGGAUCUGACUCCCAUGCUCUCUUCCUCUGAGCCCUGGGGCAGGACCCCAGUGCUGCCUGCUGGGCCCCCCACCACAGACCCCUGGGCACUGAACUCUCCCCACCACAAACUCCCCAGCACUGGGGCUGACCCUUGGGGAGCCUCCAUUGAGACCUCCGACACAUCUGCUGUAGGUGCUGCCUCGGCCUUCGACUCAUUUGCCAAACCUCCAGAAUCCACAGAGAUCAAGGAGGGGCUGGAGCAGACCCUGCCCUCUGGGAAGCCCAGCAGCCCUGCGGAGCUGGACCUGUUUGGAGAUCCUAGCCCCAGUUCCAAGCAAAAUGGCACGAAGGAGCCAGAUGCCCUGGACCUGGGCAUACUAGGGGAAGCACUAACCCAGCCAAGCAAAGAGGCCCGAGCUUGCCGGACUCCCGAGUCCUUCCUGGGCCCCUCGGCCUCUUCCUUGGUCAACCUUGACUCGUUGGUCAAGGCACCCCAGGCUGCAAAGACCCGGAACCCCUUUCUGACAGGUCUCAGCGCUCCGUCCCCCACCAACCCGUUCGGCGCGGGCGAGCCAGGCAGGCCAACGCUAAACCAGAUGCGCACGGGGUCGCCGGCGCUGGGCCUGGCGGGCGGGCCCGUGGGGGCGCCUCUGGGCUCCAUGACCUACAGCGCCUCUCUGCCCCUCCCGCUCAGUAGCGUGCCAGCUGGCUUGACCCUCCCUGCCUCGGUUAGCGUCUUCCCGCAGGCCGGAGCCUUCGCACCGCCCCCAGCGGGCCUGCCGCAGCCGCUGCUGCCCACGCCGAGCUCAGCCGGGCCGCUGCCCCCGCCCCCGCAGACCGGCACGAACCCCUUCCUCUGAGCGCCACCCCGCCGCGGGCCGGCCUGCGCAUGCGCCAGGCGCCCCGCGGCCCCGCCUCCGGCCCCGGGGCUGGGGCGGGGCGCGGGUGGUAGUGGGUCGCUGAACCAGUGGCGGCUGGAAUCACGCGGCGGCUCUGGAAGCUGGACAUGGACCACGGCCCGGGAGCUAGAGACUGAACGCCCCCAUAAUAAAGACUGGAACCCUAGUUCUUAGCUCUCAGCAAGUGGACUUUUUGCGAGGUGUGGCGGCCGGGUCUCGACCACAGCGUGGAUCACCGGCUGUCUAGGAAACUGCAGCUGCACAACGCGGGGUGCAAAAUUGCCCCCGCUUCCUUUACAGCUCCUCUCAACCCUCACCUCCAUCCCCCCUCACCCAGGCACCUUCGCUUCCAGACGCUCCCAGGCUGUCACUCAAUUCGGUCAUUUCAUUCAUUUAUCACACAUGGGCACUGGGGCUGAGCUAACAGCAAGAGAUAAUAGGCCUUUGUUCCUAUUUAUUGGGUACUGCUUAUGUGCUAAGCAGAUCAGCUUAUUUAAUCCUUGCAACGACUCUCUGAGGUAGACAAUAUUGUUAAUUCCGUUCGGGACCCUGGCUACAUAAUUUGUGGAGCUCAAUACAAAAUGAAAAUGUGAGGGCUCCUUGUUCAAAAUCGUGUGAAGAAUUUCAAAACAGGGACAGCAGAGCAUGAAACCAAGCGCAAAGCCCACUGCAGGGCGAUUGCACAGAUCUCUCACCUUGCAGCGGGUACUACUCCCAUUUUUCAGGCAAGGAAACCGAGGCUCACGUUAAAUGGCAUGCUCAAAGUCACAAAGCUGACAUGGGGCGGGGCUGGAACUCAGAGUCAGACAGUCUGGCUCCAAGGCCAGGAGCUCCCAGGCAGGGCCCCAGAAUUAAUUCAGCAAAUAUUGACUGACUGCUGUGGACAAAGUGCUGGGCUCACCUGGGAAGGAUCCAACCUCCAGGAGCUUGAGCACAGCAGGGUAGACAAGCCAGGGGGCAGCAGGGUAGACAAGUCAGGGGCACGUGAUGCGGCUGUGGCAGGAGCCAAGUGCAGGAGCUCUCAGGCUCCUUUGUUUUACUGAGUCACCUUAAAUCUAACUCUGCCCUCUCCCUUGCUUCACCAAGGCUGGUGAGAAACUCAGUCUCAGCCACAGAGAGGGAAUCAGACCCCUUCUAGGGGUUUAUGUGGAGUCUGGGAAACCAAGGGUGGGGUGAGGCCUGGUACUCAAUCCAGGAGGGGCCCCUAUGACCAGCCUUGCCUCUUUUUCUUCUCAAUGCUCCCUGAUCACUGGACCACCGGACACUGAUGUGUCCUCAGUGCUUGGGGCCUGGCUCUGCAGGCAGCCUGCAGCCAGCCCCCAUCCCCUUUAAGGGACAAAUGACCUUCCACCAAAGUCAGUGAGUGUAGGGACACAAUGCCACUCCCCUUCCUAAGGUGGGGGUAGAGGAAGGGAGUCCCACAAUGGCAGUUACAGACAGGAUGGACAAGAACACCUGCUCAGGAGUCAAACUGACAGGGCUCAAAGUUCUGCUCCAAGCUUUGACCCUGACAAGAAUCACUUAGUAAUAAGUGGUUAUGCUCUGUGACCUUGAGUAAAUUACUUACCCUCUCCCUG